UAGUAUAGUCAGAAAAAAAGGUCUUUUGACCCGCGGAUCGACCGCCGACACUUUUUGUUUAUCUCUGGGUGACGGUCAGUGUGGAGCCUCUGAGUGAAGCAACAUGAAGAACCGAAGUCUUCUCGCAUUUUUUCUGUUUUCUCACGUCGUAUCCGCGGCAGUGUUCCUGAAGAGAAAUGAUGCCAGCUCGGUGCUGAGGCGCUCCAGGCGAGCGAACACGGGCAUACUGGAGGAGCUGAAGGCGGGGAACCUGGAGCGCGAGUGCUUGGAGGAGGUCUGUGACUACGAGGAAGCGCGCGAGGUGUUCGAGGACGACUUGGUCACGAAUCAAUUUUGGAUUUCAUACCAUGCCCGUGAGCCCUGCUUGACCAAUCCAUGCAAAAACAACGGAACGUGCCUAUUUUUGGGACACUCCUACAUCUGCCAAUGUUUUGAAGGCUUUAAAGGCAGAUAUUGCCAAGAAGGGUUUGAGGAUUCUCUGAAGUGCGUGUAUCUGAACGGUGGCUGUGAGCAGUUCUGUGAUGGUUCAGGCCGCAGGAGAAAGUGCGCAUGUGCUCCAGGUUAUGCCCUUGGAGAGGACAGCAAGUCCUGCGUUCCUCAAGUCAAGUAUCCAUGUGGUAAGGCCCCACUUCAGUUGACGCACUCUGUUUUUCCUCGGGCUGUGGGUGGAAAUCAGUGCCCGAAAGGCCACUGCCCUUGGCAGGUCCUCCUGACAUAUGAUGGAAAGAAUCUCUGUGGAGGAGUGUUAGUGGAUACUAAGUGGAUUCUUACAGCUGCUCACUGUGUCUAUAACAGAGACGUAAAACAUCUGAAGGUUAUAACAGGGGAGCACAACAUCGACAUGGUGGAUGGCAACGAGCAAACGUUUUCCGUAUCGCUUGCAGUUAUCCAUGAGAGCUACAAUCCAGCAUCAGGAGACAGCGACUUGGCUCUUUUGGAGCUCAGCAAGCCGGCUACGCUUUCAAAUUACACCGUUCCUAUUUGUCUGCCGAACUCAGACUUUGCCAAAAUGGAGCUGGAUGCUGCUCGUUUCCACGUAGUGAGCGGAUGGGGCCGGCACACCGAAGGAGGCAAUAAUCCUAGCAAUCAGUCCUUUAGAAAUCUCUCGCCUGUACUCCGCAUGCUCACCGUCCCAUUCCUGCCUAAGCCAGAAUGCACCAUUAAGAGUGGGGUUAAUGUUACUGAUAACAUGCUCUGCGCCGGGUACUUUGAGGGCAGCCAGGAGUCUUGUCGAGGAGAUGACGGGAGUCCACUGACCACUCAGUACAAGGACACACAUUUCCUGACCGGGAUUGUGUCCUGGGGCAAAGGGUGUGACAAUCCAGGGUACUAUACAAUUUAUACCAAGGUUGCUAACUUCCUGGAUUGGAUUCAGCAUGCCAUGGCUACCCAAACCGCUAAAGAUUCCUUCUCCUUCAACCUCGAAGACGCUUUAUCAAUGCAUUAUUAGGAGCAGUUCCUCGUGAACCGAGUUUAUCUGGUUUUAUGAGAAGAGCAUACCUAAUCUGUUUCUGAUCUUAUUUCUUGAAAUAAAUCGACAAAAUUCAU